GUUAAUUCCGAGGGGGAUUGAGAAAAGCACGUGGGGGUUAAACAGAUAACAGAGUCGAAAAAAGUCAUCUUGAGGUGUUUUCUGAAGAAAUCCAACGAUCUGCAUAACAACAAGUCCAGACUCGAGUGCCUUCUAAAUGCCUUGGGCCAUAUCCAGAGUCUGUCGAUACUUUUACAGGACAAGGGCAUAAGAGAGCUCCCAUAUGUACAGCCAUGAAUCAUCAGGCAAGCCAUUUCAGUGUCAAUAAUAGCUAAUAAGCCCGACCUCGUGGGUUACUCCUGUCAAAUGAAAACCAUUGACUGGGCCCUUCCUUAUUUCUUGCGAGCUUUCUGAGUGCGACAUGACAAUGGUCGUCAAGGAGUUCGAAAGACCAAUCAAUAUCUAGCGCACGCAAUACACACACAGACACACAGACAAUCUUUCCGGGGUGUACCUAGGAAAGAAUUUCGUGACUGAAGUUGAAUAAAACCAAGUGGUGAUUAGCUGAUCGCUUUGGAUUUCAUCCACCUCACAUCUUUUGCGAGGGAUUCCAAUGGCCCGCAAACUUCAGGCCAUCGGUGGGAACUAUGGGCAAGCGCACCACGAUAGCAAGCAAGCCAAUCGAAAACGGGAUAAGUCCAGAUCGAGAUUCGAGAAGCCUACAUCGAGAUCUACAAAAACCAAGACAGAUUCGGUGGCAGGCGCUCCACGGCUGGCCAAUCGUCAAGAUCCGAAUACGCGCUAUUAUGAGAAGAGCGUAAAUAAGUAUGAAAAGAGUGGGAAAACACGAUUGGCUGCAGCUCAGGAGUCCGAGCCCAAUGUGAACUCCGAUCUGGCCACGAUCGGUAUCGUCCCGAGUCGCAAGGAGGUUUCGCUUGUCACUAUGAACACGAGCGGGAAAUCGGUCAUGGGAUUCACGCCCAAGUACAAGUUGAAAAUGAUGGAGGAGUUCCUCCACACUUUUCCGGAUGCCAUCUUCUUCCAAGACGCCAUUGAGCUCUCGGAUCUCAAUGUGAUCUUGGAGAGCGUGUCCGAAGGCAAAUAUGAGUUCUACUUCCAGGAUAUGGACUUUGACAAGGACGAGAAAACCCGCAAGGAGACGGAGAGUGGUAUCGCCACGCGAAGCCUCACCGGCAUUGCGUGGAAUCGAGAAAAAUACUUCGGAACCCCGUUACAGCUGGACGAUGAACGACUCCAAGAAUAUCGGGGAUGGCUCAAGCGACACGAUCUGACCAUCGUCAAGCUAGACUCCAGGGAGCAAAUUGGUCACGAGGACGUGUACCCCUCGUUCAUCUCGAUUUCGUGGCACGGUACUGAUUAUGAGGUGGCCCUUAGACAACGAAUCAAGGAGUGCGAGGAGUUUUUCGCUUUCCUCUCCGUGCUUCGGGAGAACAACGGUCAAAUGCCCAUUCUAAUUGGCGGGGAUUUCAAUAUGGACAUGAAAUCCUUCGAUAACCGACUCUAUCCUGAUUUUGUUCUCGUCCCAUACCGUCCCGUAUCCGGGGUCUUGGCUCGGGAUUUGCGCCAUACCUUCGUCUUCACGGUGGACACGUUGCAAGCGACGGAAACAGGAUUCAAGCAGCAUCACCCCGAGAUCUUCCCCUCCCCAUUUGUUACGGCUCGAUUGCGAGGUCGUACCAAGAUCCGCAUGUGGGCAAUCAUUCGCAUCCAACGGGCUUUCCGACGAAUGAAGAAGAAGAUGCAAGCCCGAGCCGUGACACGCAAGCAGUUUGAAGAAAACAAGCGACGCUGGAAAAAGAAAAUCAACGGCGAUGAUUACGAGUCGGAACCAGAGGAAAUUCCCGUCACACAUAACCCUCAGAAGGCUGGGAAAUCCGAAAAACCCAAAGCUGCGUCCAAUGCCCCCCGGGAUCGGCGAUACGCCCUCUACUGGGAUGAGCGAGACGACCCUCGUUAUCAACCUGAAGAGGACACCCGCCCAUUGGCUGAACGUCGACGCAAAGAUUUUACCGAGAAUCCGUCCAAUGGGAUGAACGUCACGAGCGAGAAACGGGAUCAUAUCAUGGGAUUCCGAAGACAGCGCUUCUCUGACCUAAAAUCUGUGCAGGAUCGUAAACUGGAGGAUGAGGGCAAUCAAUAUUUGACCCGAAAACCUAUGGCUUUCACGUUGUAGUCGAACCAGCCAUGAAUGCUCAAACGCAAGUAAUUUAUCGUUCCAAUUCACAUUUUAAAAAUAAAUUGCCUCAUUUUCGCUCUCUUUUACGCGAUCUCUGAGAA